AUGUUGAAGAUGAAGAAGAAUGAUAAUAAGGGAUUGAUGGCUCAGGACCUGAGCAAACUGGAUCUUACUCGGUUAGAUCCACUCUCGCCGGAAGUUAUAUCCCGUCAGGCCACAAUCAACAUCGGCACAAUUGGUCAUGUGGCUCAUGGCAAGUCAACGGUGGUCAAGGCAAUUUCAGGGGUUCAGACAGAUAUGCUAAUGCCAAAAUUUACGAGUGUGAUAGCUGCCCCAGUUGGGGUUGGCACAACCUUAGAUCCUGCUUUGACUCGCGGCGAUAAAUUGGUGGGUCAAGUUGUUGGUGAUGUUGGCUCACUCCCUGAUGUGUAUGCACAACUUGAGGUGUACUACCACAUGACAAAGGGAAAGGCAGAGAAGAAAGGGGUAUCAAAGUUAAGCAAGAAUGACAUUGUGAUGUUAAAUAUUGGAUCCAAGGCAACAGAGGCAAGGGUUGUAGAUGUGAGGACUAGUAUAGUGAAGUUGCGACUCAUCACAUCUCCAGUUUGCACCAACAUAGGUGACAAAGUGGCCAUUAGUCAAAGAGUCGAGAAGCAAAAGCCCUGGUGUCUCAUCGCUUGGGGAGAGAUUACAUCUGGGAUACCUCUUGAUAUCGAACCUUGCCCCUUUAGUAGCUGA